CACCGAACAGUCAUUGGUAGACACUGGAAUCUGUCAACGAGUAGACUGUAUGGCUUGGAUUCACCUCUUUAGCUGGAAUCACAGGUUGUGCGACAAGCCCUGGGAAGGAUGAUGCCCUUCUACUGUAUUAGAUGAACAGGACAGCGAAGAACAACAGUAGUGGUAAAAUGAAGGCAAGGGCCCAGUGAGGAGCAACGUCCUGAUCGGGAAGGGAGAAGUGGCCACCCACAGCCACAGCCACAGCCACAGGCAGUGUUGUGACAACCUAGCUGAAUCCCAACUGAUCAGGGAUCAGGCCUGAAGGAGUGAAGGGUAGGCGUGAGCUGAGAUGUCUCUAAGACGAGCUGAGGGCAUCUCUAUCAUGCAGGCUCUGGCCAUGACUGUGGCAGAGAUUCCUGUGUUCCUCUACUCAACCUUUGGCCAGUCCAUCUUCUCUCAGCUGCGGCUCUCUCCAAGUCUGAAGAAGGUUCUGUUCGCCACGGCGCUGGGCAGCGUUGCCUUGGCGCUGACGGCCCACCACAUGAAGCGCCGUGGCAGGAAGAGGAAACAGCUGGGAUCCAAAGACGCCCAAAAGACGGUAGCGAUCCCGGAUCUGCUGCGCUCGGGGCGACCCACCUCCCUGAAGAGAGGGCCGUUGCCCGGGCGACAGAUUAUGAGCCCCAGCACACGCAGCCAGGACGCCGUGAGCAGCAUCUCCUCUCUGGCACCAAGCAAGCAUUCCAGUUCCUCACACAGCAUUGCUUCAAUGCGGGUGCCAACUUCUCCCAACCUUUCGCCCAGUCAGUCAAUGCCUUUGGAGGUGGCAGCUCUAGCAGAAGAGCCAGGAGUCAAUAUAGAGGAUGUCAAUGCAGAGAACCUUUACCUCAUUGGUAUGGAGUUGUUUGAGGAGGCUCUGCAGAAAUGGGAGUUGGCCUUGAACAUCCGGCAUCGAUCUCGCUCACGGAAUGACUCAUCUAGCAGUAGCAGCCUGGCCAUGCAGGGGGCAGCAAAGGCACUUCCAUCUCCACCAACAGCUGAUAUGCGGAACACGCAGUUUGCCCAGAAGCUCGAAACUCUGCUGCACAGAGCCUACAACCUGCAGGAGGAUUUUGGCUCCACCAUCCCUCCUGAAAGUCUGCUUGCUGAUCUGGAGAGUGAAGGAACACUGAUUUUGCCAAACUUUGAGAACACGAGUCGAUUACAUGAUGACGACGCCACAACAAUAGCAUCAGAUGAAUCCUUCUUCUCUGCUGCAGAGUGGUUCGAUUCUCUACAGGAAUGUGUGUAUCAGCCCCUGCGACCAGCUGCUCUGUAUGAGGAGGCUUUGGCACUAGUGCGUGAGGACCAGGUGGUCUGCAGGUCCCUUAGGACUGAAUUGUUGGAGUGCUACAGUGACCAUGACUUUCUGGCCAAACUGCACUGCAUCAGACAGGCGUUUGAGGUUCUCCUUGUUGAUGAGACUCAUCGCACGUUCUUCAUCGAGACGGGGAAACAGAUGAUCUCUGGACUCAUGGCCAAAGCCAACAAGAGUCCAAAGGCCUUCCUGGAAAACUAUGAGGAGAUGCUGCUGUACACCCAGAGGGAGGAGACCUGGCCCACUACCAAGAUGGAGUUGGAGGGGCGAGGGGUGGUGUGUAUGAACUUCUUUGACAUUGUUUUGGACUUCAUUUUGAUGGAUGCCUUUGAGGACCUUGAGAGCCCCCCUUCAUCUGUUGUCGCUGUCCUGAGGAACCGUUGGCUCUCGGAUAGCUUUAAAGAGACUGCGCUGUCCACUGCUUGUUGGUCCGUGCUGAAGGCUAAGAGGCGUUUACUGAUGGUCCCCGAUGGGUUUAUCUCUCACUUCUACUGUAUCUCGGAACACGUCAGUCCAGUUCUUGCUUUUGGGUUUCUGGGGCCCAGGCAGCACCUGAGUGAGGUGUGCAUCAUCUUCAAGCAACAAGUUCAGCAGUACCUCAAAGACAUGUUCGAUCAUGACAAAGUGCGGUUCAGUUCCUGUCCCUCUUUGGCCGAAGACCUCCUCAGGCUCUCGCAUCGCCGUAGUGACAUCCUGCUUGGCUACCUGGGUAUCAAUAGCCUGAUUGCAUCCAACGGUGCAUUACCGAGCAACAGUACACAUAGCUCAACGUUGGAGCAAGACACAGACACUGAACAGGUGAACUCUGACCCCACACAUGAAUGAGGGCAGGACUGAGGUCCUGGCCUACUGCAGCUCCUCCAGACUGGUUGUGCAAACAAUAACUCUAAACCAGCACAGCAUACUGGACCCCCCAGAACCAGCUCUGCUAACUGGAUCUGUGUUGUAGACCUACUGAAUUGGGCUUCAGGUCGACCUCUGCAGCCAGGACCACCCCAGCCCUCAAAGAAAACAGUUCUGAAAACCUUCUUAACCAGCUCUGGACUCUUUACCUUAAACCAACCCUAGCAAACCGGACCUGUUAAACCAGCCCUACAAACUGGACAACCUGUCCAGAUCUGCACAGUUAUGAUAGACCCUACCCUAAAAAACGGAGUCAUCCCUUGUUCUUGAAGUAGAUGAAGUACCUGAGAACUAUGCCUAACUGAUAGACUGACAUCUGAUCCUGCUCCCUUGCCUACACACACAAACAAACGAGUCACACUCAUAGACUUGAGGGUGUGAACAAAAUAGUGUGUGUUCAUCUGUAAGUUUUGAAAUGUCAAAAUGUGUGUCUUGAAUAUCGGUUUUAAUAUUAUCAGUCGUGUAUUUAUGUGUGUGUAAAUGUAUAUUUGUUUGUGUUAUUGCAUAGAACAUCACUGAAUGCAGUAGUAUGAUGGUGUAAGAUGGAUGGGUGUAGGGUGGUUGGGUACCGCAUCCUGAGUUUUGGCCAGAUUGAAAAGUAACGGUGUGAAAGGUAUGGAUUACUAAUGAAUGAGUUUUGGUUAUUUAUCCAUCCCAUGAGGGUGUUUUUUUUUUAUUUUUUAUUUUUUUUCUCGAAAGGGACGUUUAUCCCCCAGAAUAAAUUGAGGUCCCUGGGGAGUAGCUGUGGUGUGUGUGAGAAGUGAUGAGUUCUUAUAUUAUCUGCUCUCACCAAUGCGGUGUGUGUGUGUGUGUGUGUGUGUGUGUCCCUCUUCUGAAUCUAAAUCAGCUCACUAAGGCAAUCACAUCGCUGUGACAACUCAAGGUCGAGGUUUUAAAGUUGGUCUGACCUAUUCUUCCUAUACAUCUUUUCCUCACCCACUCACAACUUAUGUCUUUUCUGUUUUUUUCUUUCUUUCUAGUUUGUGUUUGCCUUCACGUUUGUCUUUCUCUCUUUCUUUAUCUCACUCACCUGCUAACACACGCACAUAGUCAAACCAGUCACCACUCGUUUCUCUUUUACACCCCCACUUUCACACAUACAUACCCUCACAGGCACCCUUUGUGACUUCCUCCUACACCCCCUCACUAGGCGGUCACACUUGAACAUUGUGGUUGAAGCAACUGUGUGGGGGCGCUGCAUACAUGGUGUCCUAUAGCUAGCACACACACACACACACACACACACAGCUUUGGUCUACUUUAAGGGACAGGGGAGUAAGACCAUGAGGCCUGGUAUUGAGCAUUUCACUCUGCCUCUGAAAAUAGCUGCUGUCAUCGUAGACUUGGUCAGCUUAGCUGUAAAUACAAAACAUCUUUUCUGACAGGAUGUCUUAAUUUGACCCCCCCCCCCCAAAAUGCCUUUUGAUCUGUAUUGUGUUUCUUGCUGACAUCCACUGGGUUGGCCUCUGCUCCUUUUUGCACUUUAUGAAGUAGGAACACCACACACAGUGUGAUUUUAUGUGAUUUUACUUUUUUAUUUUGUGUUGAAUCUUUAUUGGCAUAGGUAAGCCUGUAAUGUGUCUGAAAUCUUAAAGGCUAAGUUAAAAUUUGCAGUUUUAGCAAGUUGAUGAUUGCACUCAGAGUAUAUACUGUAUAUAAAGUAAUUCCACGAGUUUAUCAGGUGAGGAGAGAGAGCUUGGGAGUUACCAGAGAAUUGCAUCAGUUAAGUUGAAUGCGCAAUAGGCUAUGCUCUGAUCAUAAAGUCUGUGUCUAAAACUAGAACUCCCCUAACCCUUAAGACAAUUUAAACUUGACCUUACUGUAAAUUGACCUCUUUCUGGAGUUUUGCAUAAUUGCUCCAGAGAUUGCCCAGCACUGGUGUAACCGCAGCUGGGAAUCCAAAUAGAGGCCAGCAUGACUCCACAGGUUAGCCUGGUAGGGUUCCUCCCUCCAUCGGUUCUUGUGAUCUUGUUGUCAGCGACGCCAAAUUAAGCCUAUGUACCUUUUCCCUUACUGGCACAUCAUUUGGAAGGCUUUUUUUUAGAGGUUGCCCGAAUGUUACAUUUGAAAAUGCAUGGAUACGCAUAGGUUGCAGUUGAUGAGAUGAAGAAAAGAUCUGCAGUGUUUCCUCCCGGAUAUGUGUAUGUAUGCAAGGAUCAUGCAAAUGCCUUUGUUGUAUUCCUUUUUUCUUCAACAAUGCCAGGACAAAAUGUUGACAUUGUUAUUUUCAUGAAAUGAUAUUUUGUUGUUUUCAUAAUGAAAUAUAUAUAUAUAUACUCCUGCCUUCUCCCAAGCUA